UCCGUUAGCAAACUUAUUUUUAGAUGGUAAAGCCAAAGGUUACAUUUACGUAAAUUUAAAUUUACUAUGAUUAAUAUCAGUCUUUUUUUUUAAUGAAUGUUUCGUGUACUGAGAUUAAAAUGGAACUUGUUAUGUGGUGGUGUAACCUGUGUAGGAAAAAAUACAUGACCAUGUAAAUUGGCCCACUCUAAGGAUGGCUGUGCGGUAAUUAUUACCAGCAAGUUUAAUUUAAUUAUACGCUAUCAGCACUGUUAGUAGUACUAGUACUAGGUAGGACUAUAGUUAGCAUUCAGUCUUUAUUUUUGAGUCAUUGUUAUUGUUGAGUCAAGUUAUAAUGUGUUUUGUUCAACAUUUUUAGCCUAUGCUAUGGUUACAACUUACACUACAGUAGUGAUUGAAAUUGCCAUCAUUCUCAAAAUUAAAUGCUUUUAAAAUGACUCAAGAUUAAACAUCUUCAUUGAGAGAACUGAUAAUGAGUGAUAUCGAGAUGCCUGCGGAGGGUGUAGACCUAGGCCUAAACAAUGGUGAGUGUGAUGUCUUGCGGGAAAAAGAAAGGCAAGCUAGAGUUCGUGCUCACCUUGUGGAUGACAGCUUUGAUAUUAAUUCUUCAUCACUUUUCUUUGGAGACCCAAUUAAGGUGGUUCCUCAACAUGAAGAUGAAACUGCUCGGAGAAUCAAACUCACAUUAGGAGAUUUUAACCUGAUGCGGAUCUAUUUACUAAAAGAUCCAAGACGUUUGAUUGGAAUCUCAAAAACUGCAGCUUUCACUAGUAAUACAGCAAGGUGUCAGAGUGAAAAUGGAACAAUAAUUAAAUCAUUUUCUGUCCAGUCAUCUCCUGCAUUAUCUUUAUCCAGUUAUGAAUCAGCAUGGUCACCACAGAGCCCAUCACUGCCAAAUGAGAGUUAUUGUGCUAAUAGUGAGACCCAUCUUCCUGAAAAUUUCUCACCAUUGAAAGUAGAACAGAGAUGCACAAGUCCUUUCACAAGCAACUGCUGUAAUAAUUCCAGAAAGUCUGUUCAUUAUAAUAUUAUCACAAAUUGUCAACAUGAUGAAGGAAAAGCUAUAAAUAAUUUUAAUUUCUCAUCUGGAGAUCAAAAACAAAGUUCUUUGCCAUCUAAACUUUCUGAAAAGGAGAAUGACACUGAAAAAGCAAUACAUAGUUUACCAGCAACUGCCAUAAUGCUCCACAGACACACUAGUGAAAAUAAUAAUUCAACAUCUUCACUUAAAAUAUCCACUGAGGGUAGAACACAUCAAAUUUUCUGUCAACCCAUUAAUAAGGAAAAUACCCCACAAAGAAAACAAACUUGCCCAAUAUUAGACACUACACAAGACCAGGCAAACUCUAAAAGCAAGAGACACACAGAUGUGGAAUCCAUUUUGGUGGAGAUGAAGGAAGUGGUGCCAUUUCCGCUCACUGCCAUAGCAACGCCACACAGAGAAAAGAUAGUUAAUUUCUCACCACUUCGUAAACAUGUUCCAUCAUCACAAAGAAAUACUACAAAUCUAAACAAGAAGAAAAAGAAAGCCCAUAGUUACCCGGAGUGA